GAAAAUGGUUUGUCUUGUCUUGUGCCCCAAGACUCAUUUCCAAACCCUAAACCCAUAGUAUAUAAAUAUUCAACUUUAAACCCUUCCUUUCAAUUCUUGCAUAAUCACGGAAUUGAGGUUGUAAGAGGCAUUCAUAGUGCACAAAAUGCAUCCAUUUGAGAAAUUGACUUGCAAUGGACUAAUGCACAUAGUAGAAGAAGAGAGCGAAGAAUAUGAAUUUGUUAAGAAAGGUUUUCUAAAGGGUAUGGGAUUCAUGCAACAUGCUACAAAUAUCAUAUCCAUUCACAAAAACAACGUUUCCUCUAAUUUAACAAGACAAGCUCGUUUGGAAUCCUUUCAUGUUUUCUCAAAGGCGGUAUCAAUUAAACGUGGAGGUGAUGCCAAAGUUAGAGGUGCAUGGUAUGGUGGCUCAUUAGAUCAACUCAUAGAUAUUCUAUCUUUUGGAUUCACACGAUGCAACAUAAAUAUUCAUGAUGAUGAUGAAUCUCAUGGUAUUGGUAUUUCAUUAUUUUCUGCCAAUUUUUCCAUUGAUAGUGCAAUGUGUACAGUGGAAGAUGAGAAUGGUUUGAGGCAUGUGUUGCUAUGUAGGGUGAUUGUAGGGAAAUUUGAAAGUGUUGCUGCUGAUUCAAAACAAAGCCAACCUAGUUGUAAUGAAUAUGACACAGGAGUUGAUGAUAUUUUAGCACCAAGAAAACAUAUAAUAUGGACUGCUUUUAUGAAUUCGUAUAUUCAUCCAGAUUAUAUUAUAAGUUUCAACUAUAAGAAUAUCAAAGAUCCAGAAAUAUUUGGAACGUUACUACCUCGAUCAGAGUAUGUGUUAUUUCCUAAUUUAGUGGCAAAAGUUUCAAAGCAUUUGAAACCAUCGCAAAUGGGUUUGUUACUCAAAAGCUAUCGUGUUUACCAAGAGAAAAAGACUACAAGAGAGAUAUGGAUAAAGAAAAUGAGGAAGAUAGUAGGGGAUAAAUUGCUGCAUUUAGUGAUCACUCAUAACUCCAGUGGUGAUGUGCAAUCUCUUUAGUUUCAAUUUUAGAAUCGUAUAUACUAUAAUUCCCUACCACGUAGUUUCUCCUACAUAUUGGUUCUUUUGAGCAAGGGAGCUAAGCAUUUAUCCUCAUUUCUCAAAAGUAACAAAUGGAGGGUGUUAAGUGCUUAAAUAUAAGUUAUGUACUAAAAUAUACUUUUCUCUAUUA